GCGGAGUUGGAGACGGGGGAGUUACGCAGGCGAGCGAAUUUGCCGCCAGACCGGACCUGAAAGCCAAUGGCGAGCCCCGACGAUGGCGUAGCAGUUGAGCCCCGUUCGUGCAUGCUUCGUGCUCUGUACCUCCCCCCGCUCGGCACUGGUAACUUGUAAGCGAAGUCAGCAUCAUCCUAACAUGAGCCAUCCUCCCCUCUGAGACCCCUCAGAAAAGCAAAAUAUCAUUCAGACUGGAUCUUGCAUAAGUGCGCGCCAUGACGGACAGCAUCGCUGGCCAUGUCGCCCGGUGUCUCACCCUUUUCCGGGCCCUGCUGGAACCUCCAGACGGCGACGAUUUGGACUUCCCGGACCCGGGGGUUGUGCUUCAGAUGAUGGACGAGCGGUCCCGGUUCAAAGUAUGGGCUGGGAAUAUCGGAGCUCACAGGACCGGAAUGAGCUCGCUGGACUACCGGCUUCGGGACGCUUCACACAUCAAGAGCCAGGUCCUCGAUCUUGUGCGGGACCUUAUCCAACUAAUCGAGGACGCCUCAGCCAUCGCCAAAGGGGAGGAAACGCCUUGGGAUCAACGUGAUUCGGGUGAGGAUGGUUAUGUCGGCAGCGAUUCCGACGACGAGGCUCCCGACACAGAGCUUGGUCAGAUCGCUGCCGACAUGGCGGACGUGAUCAACUGUCUCCUUCGCCUCACCGUAACCAUACGGAACCCAGCACCACACGAUCGUUACAUCCAGGCAAAGGACACAGAUGCCUCUUACUUCGAGCCUUAUGAUGUGCAGCAUGUCCGCUCCAAAUUCAGCGAGAUCGAACCAUGGCUUGAAGAACGCCUUGGGAAAGCAAUCAGCCGGAGACGACAGUAUUUGAGAUACCGGCAAUCCCACCACCAAAAGCUAUCGCGCGGACUUGAUCAGGAGCUGGAUGAGGGGAAUGGUUUGGAGGAUGAGACAAUUGCGUCUUCGAUACCCAGCCACCUGAAAGAAGGCCGCAAUACGGAUACCUCGGUUCUCCGAGACGAUGGCUCCGAUGCCGGCAUGUCGCAGACUUCAUACGCCACGUCUAUGGCCAGCUCGGAUCGACUCACCAUCCCCCCGCUGCCCAAGGAAGCGUAUGCCGGCCCCUUCGAGUGCCCUCUCUGCCACAUGAUCAUUGAAGUCAGGGACAGAAGGGCGUGGAAGAAGCAUGUUUAUGGUGACCUUCAGCCAUAUGUGUGUCUAGAAAACGAUUGUAUGACCCCUGAACGGGAGUACUUCCGUCGUCACGAGUGGAUUGAGCACGUCAAGCAAAACCACUGGAAGACCUACAGAUGCCUUCUGUGCCAGUCAAAGCUUUCUUCAUUCGCGGACUGCAAGAGCCACUUGGAGGCGUCUCAUCCAAGCAAACGGUCUCCUGGAGAGCUGGAUGCCUUGGUGAAGCUCUGCGAACAGGCGCUCGAUAUCUCCAAGGGAAUGCCAUGUCCCCUGUGUCGUGAAGACUUGAAUUCCAUUCCACAGUAUCAGUGCCACGUGGGUCGGCAUCAGGAGCAGCUCUCUCUUUUUGCCCUGCCUUCACUGGAUACAGAGGGCGAAGUGGAUGGCGACGAAGAGGACAGUGGGGAUCACCAGGAUACCGAUUCCAUUCUUGAAGACCAGGCCGACGCCCAUUCCCGAUCGCAAAUUGUUAGUCCCGAAAGCGGAGAGCAUCCAACUGGCGGCCAUGAAGAUGCCUCCUCUGUACCUGACGGCUAUAUUGUAGAGGUGAAGCGAAUUUACAGAGAGAGGGAGGGAAUGGAGGAGGAAGAGCUGACGGGUCGGCGGAAGACCCAUCUCGACGGCCAACUCGAGGUCCCCGAGAAGGUGACGAUUGAUGCCGCGUUGAGGGAAUUGAAGGAGGCUCAAGAGAGACAAAUCGACUGGAUGAAGCAGGCCACAGAGCUUCUCGCGGGAAUUAAAGCCGCGGAACACAUCUGGAAGGAGAAGGACGCGAUGGGAGAAGAUGGUUCUGCACCGUACCCACCCUGCCUCCAGCUGGACUGAGACUGGUGAGUCUGCGAGGGACCAUUUUCUCUAUAAGCACGCGUUUCCCCAAGCCGACGGCCUGUUCCACUGCCCAUGGGAGGGAGAGGCGAGCUGUAACCAUAAGCCCGAGAAGCUCAAGUGCAACUACGAGUAAGACCCGAUUGUUCCCUUACGCUCCUAGAGUUGGUCCCACUAACGAACACCACCUAAUGUGCAGCAAGCUUGUGGACUCCCACCUCAAGCCUUACCGCUGCAAGGUUGAGGGUUGCCAAAACGACCGGUUCCGUUCUACUGCCUCCCUUCUCCGACAUGAGCUAGAGGCACACGCCAUGCACGGCCACGGUGAGAAGCCUUACCUGUGCACAUAUGAGGGCUGUGAACGCUCUACUCCUGGGAAUGGUUUCCCGCGGCAAUGGAAGCUGAGGGGCCACAUGAGGCGCGUGCACAACGA